AUAACGACAAGUCGGAGCAGGUCGGACAAAGCGUCGCAUAUUUCAAACCUCUCGCCGAGCACAAACUUUGUGGGUAGUACAGUUCAUUGACGGACACUUAUGGGGUUUCAAUAAAGAUACUGUGCUGAAAAGGUCGUUUAUGCAUUUGACCAUGUUUUCUCCUCAAGGAUAACUUUGUCGAUAAAUCCACCGUCUACAGCGGCAGCCCGUACUCUUCCAUAUGAGUGAAAAACGUUAGCAGAAGUAAGAUGUUCAGUCUCACCGAAGUUGCCUCCCUUAAUGAUAUCCAACCAACCUACCGUAUUCUGAAACCAUGGUGGGAUGUAUUCAUGGAUUAUAUUGGGAUAGUAAUGCUGAUGGUAGCAAUCUUUUCUGGGACCACGCAACUAACCAAAGACCAAGUGGCGUGUCUUCCCAUUCUGGAGCAAAGGGGGAGAUCGCAGAGCACAGGCCCUGGCAUGAAGCUAACUCCUGAGACCUCCACUACAGUUGUCGGCACUUCACUCUCAACAACUAAAGAUCUUCCUGACAGCGUUGCACAUGAAAUCCAAAGCACCCAACCUACUCUCUUAAAGGCGGCGAGUGAAUCUACCGAACUCCAAGCCAGAGGACGUAAAACAAACCUCGAUUAUCAGCAGUAUAUUUUUGUCAACCAAAUGUGCUACCAUGUCGCCUUACCGUGGUAUUCCAAAUAUUUUCCUUACCUUGCACUCAUACACACCAUAGUGCUGAUGGUGAGCAGCAAUUUUUGGUUCAAGUACCCCAAGACCAGCUCGAAGAUCGAACACUUCGUUUCCAUUUUGGGCCGGUGUUUUGAAUCGCCAUGGACAACGAAAGCUUUGUCUGAAACGGCUUGAGAGGAUUCCGAGGAAAACAAGCAGAGGUUCACAGGUGGUUCGGUUUACCACAAACAAGUGUCCUCAGAUGUGAAAGAGGACAGCAGUCAGUCUACUCCUUUGAUCGAAAGUCCUACCGUGCAUUUUCCAACAGAAAGGCUCAUGGCGGAAGCCCCCAGCCUGACCAUCUUGGACAAAAAAGACGGAGAACAGGCCAAGGCUCUUUUUGAGAAAGUGAGAAAAUUUCGAGCUCACAUAGAAGAUAGUGACUUCAUCUAUAAACUCUACGUGGCUCAAACAAUGAUAAAAGCAGUUAAGGUUGUAUUAAUCUUGAGCUAUACAUCAACCUUUGCAUCAAAGAUCGAAUUCCGCCAUGUUUGUGAACCUAAAAUCGAACAAUUGACAGGUUAUGAUCAAUUCUUCUGCACACACAACAUGGCAUUCAUGUUGAAGAAACUCCUCUUCACUUUCAUGGCUAUGAUAUCUCUCUAUGGACUGGUGUGUUUGUACACGCUGUACUGGCUAUUCAGGAGGCCUCUUAAAGAGUACUCAUUUGAGAAAGUCAGAGAGGAGAGUAGCUUUAGUGAUAUUCCUGACGUAAAAAAUGACUUUGCAUUUCUUCUCCAUAUGGUAGACCAAUAUGAUCAGCUGUACUCCAAACGUUUCGGCGUAUUUCUCUCGGAGGUGAGUGAAAACAGACUACGAGAAAUUAGCCUGAACCACGAGUGGACGUAUGAAAAAUUGCGUCAGCACGUGACGUGCAAUGCCCAAGAUAAACCAGAGCUUCACCUCUUCAUGCUGUCAGGCAUUCCUAACGCUGUAUUUGACCUCACUGACCUAGACGUCCUCAAAUUAGAGCUCAUUCCUGACGUCAGGAUUACAGCCAAAGUUUCUCAAAUGACUAAUCUACAGGAACUGCAUCUGUAUCACUGCACUGCUAAAGUUGAACAGACCGCUAUCAAUUUCCUCCGAGACCAUCUGCGAUGUCUUCACGUGAAGUUUACCGACGUUGGAGAAAUUCCGCCAUGGAUUUAUCUGUUGAGGAACCUCAGGGAAAUGAACUUAUUUGGUAACUUAAACUCUGAACACAACAAGAUGAUUGGCUUGGAAUCGCUUAGAGAUCUGAGGAACCUCAAGACACUGUAUCUCAAAAGCAACCUCAACAAAAUACCCUCAUAUCUUACAGAUCUGUCACCACAUCUCAUCAAACUGGUCAUACAUAACGAUGGAACCAAGUUAUUGGUACUAAACAGUCUCAAAAAGAUGACAAGCCUGGUGGAUCUGGAACUGCAUAACUGUGAGUUGGAGAGGAUCCCUCACGCCAUCUUCAGCUUGACUAACUUGCAAGAACUGGAUUUGAAAACAAACAACAUCCGGACCAUCGAAGAGGUCAUUAGCUUUCAGCACUUGAGGAGAUUGUCCUGCCUGAAGUUGUGGCACAACAAGAUCAUUGCUAUUCCACCAUCUAUAGGCCUUGUAAAGAGUCUGGAGUCGCUGAUUAUGUGUCACAAUAAAUUGGAGAACCUUCCUCCAUCUCUGUUUCAUCUUCCCAAACUGAGACACAUAGACCUCAGCCACAAUUCAAUCUCAAGCAUACCAGCUGAGGUAGGACACCUUCAGAACCUUCAACAUUUUGCCAUCACAGGAAACAAGGUAGAGGUCCUUCCCACUCAACUGUUUAAAUGUACCAAACUGAAAGUUUUAAGUGUGGGCAACAACAGCAUCACGUCCGUCCCCGAAUCGAUCGGGCAGUUAGAACAGCUGUCACAGCUUGAGUUAAAAGGAAACUGUUUAGACUCCCUUCCAGUCCAGCUUGGCCAGUGCCGCCUUCUUCGCAAGAAUCUUCUCUUAGUGGAGGAUCAUCUUUUUGACACACUGCCUCUUGAGGUAAAGGAAAGUAUCAGUACAGACUGAUUGAGACAUUAACAAAUGGGCCUCAUUGGCAGGAAGCAAAACACUUGUGUGGCAAAAUAUAACAGGAACAUUGCAUAAAACAGGUUUGUGUUUGCUUAAGAUUGCCUACUACAGACUAAAGUAAGUUGCUUUGUAAGUUUGCCUGUUCAUCCAUACUGUUUUUAUGCACAUUUAUAUUACCACAUUUAUUAUGCAGUAUUGAUGCGUUUUUUUAGUUAGAUUUUUUUUAGGCUGAUUAUUUGUUUAUUACUUCUGAAAUCGUAUUUAAAAAUAUUGUUAACUCUUAGUUUAGUGUAGUAGUAGACUUCCAAACUGCUUUAUUUGAAAGAACAUGGGACUGUUAUAUCCCACUUGUUACUGUAAGCACAUGAUGCACAUCAACUGAGUUUUAUUAACCGAGUGACAAUGAUAAAAAUGUUCCAUGUUGAAAGUAAAAAAAAUGUUGUUACAAUAUUGUAUUAUGAUUUGUUGAAUUUGCAGCACUUCUCAACAUUUUAUACAAUUAUAAAGACAUGAUCUGACAUGAGGAGAGGCAUGAUGAAUGUUUAACUUUGCUGUUUUGCAAUAUUGCAUCACACUGUUGAGUGUGAAGAUAUGUUUUUCUUUUGUUGAGUCUUUGCUGUUUCCAUUUGUACUUUGCUGAUAAGAGACAUAUCAGGGACCGAGGCCUGGCAGAAGGGAGGAUGAACACCCUGCACUUCUUUUGAUUGGAACCACAGUGAUAUUUUAAAGCUGCCUGGGCUUUACUGGCCCUGCUGUAUGUAUCUUAGAUGAUGUCACAUGCAUGCCAUAAAAACAGCCUUUGAAAGUCUGCUGUAAUUAUUAAUGCCUUCAUAUUUUUUUAAAUGUCAUUAAAUGUUGUGUGAACUAGGUGCUUAUGUUACCGUGUUUUAAGAAGUAACAGAUUACCCUUCAGUUUGACUGAUAUAAGAUUCAAUUUAAUUGUUUGAAUGUUGUUUUUCUGUAUUGCUUUCAACUGGUGGGUCACAACACAAAAAAAUGGGUCGCAGAUCUGAUUUGCUUGGCUCACAGAUAUGCAAAUAAUAAUAUGCAACUACAUAAUCCUAAAAGUGCAAGAUUUCAUAUUUAUUUAGUGUCAUGUAAUUAGCUUGUUGUCUAGCGUAUGCAGUUCAUAAUAAAAAUAAAUUUGUAUG